AGACUGAGAGAGUAAUGAUUACGUACGCUUUGGCCACUGUUGGCGCACUGACUGCUUGGUUCUACUUUGCACCAGAGCCAAAGCCAAAAGCAGGCAUCUAUAAACAGCGAAGUGUGCGAUACACUAUAAAAUACUUCUUCUUUAGACUGAUUUUGUGGCUUAGACAACGGAAAAAUAAGCAAUUGAAAUCCACAUCAGGGCAGAAUGCAGGUUAUGGGAUGCGUUCAAGAGUUUCCCCAGAAGAAAUGGACAAGGCCCAAGAUCUUCCGAGUGUUCACAAACACCCAAAGGCAGUAGAUGCUGUAUAUUUUAAUGCAGGAAACAGAGAUGGCUAUUUUUUGGUUACUGCAACAGCCAGAAGACAAAAUAACAUAGUACAGACACUCCUGUAUUUACGAACUCCAGAACUAGGUAUCCUCCAAGGCACCUUUAUGUCUCAGGGCACCAACCUAGAGGGGACAGAUCCAGGAGGGUUUGCUGCUGGGGGGCUAAAAAUGACCCCCCAAAAAGCAAUGGAAGAAUGGAGACUUGUCUUUUCUGGGAAAAUGGUAAUCACGAAGACUGGAGAAGAAGUAGAUGUGACCUUUGACCUUUUAUGGACGGCCUUCACUCCGUAUUUUGAUUUUGAUACGGAAAUGAAUCCUAUUACAAUGGCUGAUGCUAUCUGUAGAGAGACGUGGUCACGAUCUUAUUUUGAGGAACUUCAGAGAUAUCACCAGACUCAUUAUGAACAAUUUGGAGACAUAAGAGGAACAGUUAAAAUAGGAGGUUAUGAUGAUAUCAACUUAAAUGUAUCCGGAGUUAGAGACCACUCUUAUGGCAAUAUCCGUGAUUGGAAGGAUUUACACAGGUACGCCAUACAAUACUGUACGCUGGAGGAUAAAACAGCUGUUUGUCUGGGGGUCAUCUCAAUGCCACGGUCACUGUCAAAGUUGUUGAUGGGGUACGUAUUCCAUCCAGAUGGUAGACUGGAUACCGUUACCUGGUCAUCAUUGGAACUUUUUGAGCAUGGUGAGGAUGGAAUCCCGCCAAAGGAAUUCAGUGCCAAAUUUUCUGCCGGUGGGAAAAUGUACAACAUGAAAUGCACUGUAGUUGAUAUGGCGAGAUUCUUCAUUGGAGAGGGGAAAGAUGCAAGAAUAUUUGAACGAUUCUGUGAUUAUGAAGUGAAUGGCCAGAAGGGCUGGGGUAUCAGUGAGUGGGAUUAUAGGAACAGCAAAAGAUUUUUUGAGGAUGGAGAGAGUAUAUGAUGUUACAUAUAAGAUAUAAUAGUGUACAUAAAUCUUGUAUACACACCUGCUCAACUCACCAGUCAAAAAAAAGAUAUCUGUGACAUAUGCCACUGAACAUAUUUAUGUCUUUGAAGAACAAUUAGCAUAACUGUGAUAAUAAAAUCAUGACAAAUAAUUUCACACUCCAAUACAUGUACUUAAUUUUUUAUGUCUGACACUUCAUGAAUUUCAUAGGUUCAAGUAUGUUGACUAACUAUUGAUAUGAAUGCUGCAUUUGACCUGUAAUCUC